ACAUAUAAAUGAAUGUAAAAUCGUAAAAAACGUUAAAAUUACUGCGGAACAGUUCUCAUUGUAAACAGGAACCAAAGGUGGAGCCGUUCAGUUUCUCUCCGGAGUCAUAACAGCGGCACACAGUCUAAAAGGGAGGGAGAUGGCUUGGGCUAAAUCAGCGUCGGUGCUGUGCAUGGACGUGGGGUUCUCCAUGUCCAACAAUGCUCCGGGUGAAGAACCUCCGUUUGAACUAGCCAAAAAGGUCAUUCAGAAGUUUGUCCAGCGCCAGGUUUUUGCUGAGACAAAGGAUGAACUGGCUUUAGUUCUGUUCGGAACAGAUGCCACCAAAAACCCCCUGGACCGAGACGGCCAGUACCAGAACAUCACUGUCCAUCGUCACCUUACAGUACCCGAUUUUGAGCUUCUAGAGGAGAUUGAGCACCAGGUUCAGCCAGAGAACCAACAAGCUGAUUGGCUGGAUGCUCUUGUUGUCUGCAUGGACAUCCUUAAAACAGAAACCAAAGGGAAAAAGUAUGAUCGCCUCAACAUUGCCAUGUUGACUGAUCUCAACACCCAGGCCAGUGCAGAUGACCUGGAUGUUAUUAUUGAAAAUCUGAAACAAGCUGGCAUCACACUGCAGUUUUUUUUACCUUUUAACACUGAAGAUGGUGUGGUGAGUGGAGGAGAUGUAGACAGAAGAGGCCCUGCUCACCCCUCCACAGGCAAAGGUCUGUCCAGUGAACAGCAGAGUGGUCUGGACAUCGUCAAACACAUCAUGCUAAGUCUGGACGAGGAGGACGGCCUUGACCAGGUUUAUUCCUUCAUGUGUGCACUUGAACAGCUGCAUAUGUUCAAGCGUAUUGAAAGGAGACCCAUGGCAUGGCCCUGUCAGCUGACCAUUGGCAGCUCACUGCCUAUUCGUAUUGUUGGGUUUAAAGCAGUGACAGAAGAGAAGCUUAAAAAAACAUGGAUUUCAGUCGAUGCUCAAACAAAUGAGAAAGAAGACAUUAAGAGAGAGACUGUCUACUGUCUGGAUGAUGACAAUGAGACAGAAGUGCCGAAAGAUGACACGAUUCAAGGUUUUCGGUAUGGAAGUGACAUUGUUCCUUUCUCAAAAGUUGAUCAAGAUCAGAUGAAAUACAAGCAUGAUGGGAAGUGCUUUGCUGUACUAGGCUUUACUAAGCAACACAUGAUACAGCGUCAUCUGUUCAUGGGAAAUCAGGUUAUCAAGAUGUUUGCUCCCAGUGGUGAUGAGCAUGCAGGAGUAGCACUGUCAGCCCUUAUCCGGGCACUAGAUGAACUCCAAAUGGUUGCCAUUGUACGGUAUGCCUAUGAUCGGCGCAGCAACCCUCAAGUAGGAGCAGCGUUCCCUUGCAUCAAACAGCACUAUGAGUGUUUGAUGUACGUCCAACUGCCCUUCACAGAAGACCUCAGACAUUUUACGUUUCCUUCUCUCGACAACAAAAAAUUCACUUCGUCAGAUGCACAGCUGUCGGCUGUAGACUCUCUCAUUGACUCUAUGAUGUUGGUAGAGAAAGAUGAGAAUGGAGAACAAAAGGACAUGUUGAAGGUCCACCACAUUCCAAACCCUGCCUUCCAAAGGCACUUCCAGUGCCUGCAUCAUCGGGCUUUAAACCCUGACAUGCCACUUCCUCCUAUGGAGCCAUGGCUCAAGGCUGCUCUUGAGCGUCCUGAGGUCAUCAAUGAGAGAUGCAAAGUCCCACUUGCAGAGAUAAAAAGGAAGUUUCCUCUCACAGAAGUGGAGAAGAAGAAGAAACUCAAGACCAGCGCUCAGAUUUUUGGCAAAGACUCUGAGGCAGCAGAUGCCCAGAAGGCAAAAAGAGACGAAGAGGAGGAGGACUAUAACCUGGCUGACAUUGCUGAAGGCACUGUUACUUCGGUGGGAAGCGUGGAUCCAGCCCGAGACUUCCAUGCUCUGAUCAAGCAGAAGAAUCUUUCAUUUGGAGAGGUCUGCCAGCAACUGACUCACAGGAUAGAGCAGUUGCUUAGCAACAAGAACACACACUACUACAUGAAAAGCAUCACCUGUAUCCAGGCAUUUAGAGAGCAGUCCGUUAAGCUGGGGAACGCUGAACUCUUCAAUAGCUACCUCCAAUCCCUGAAAAGGAGCAUCCCAAACAGAGGCCUAGAGGUCUUCUGGGACCUGCUUGUUCAAGAUGCUGUUACUUUGAUCAGCAAGGAUGAGGUUGAAGGAAGUACCGUAUCCAAAAGUGAAGCCAAUGAGUUUCUGGUUGGCGAGGAGAAGAAAGAAGAGGAGGCCGCACCACCAGCUGAAGACACAGGAGAUGUUGACGACUUGCUGGACAUGAUGUGAAAGGGAGCGUCCUAACUGGAAGUGCAGAGACACGAGAGGAAUGCUACCAUUCAUCCCACCCAGACCAAAUCAACUGUCCUUUGUUUUUACUCCCACUUGGAGACGCCUUAUACUGACCAUACACAGAAACUAUACACAGAGCAAGAUUUGAACUUUUUACCCAUGGGAAUGUACUAAUCAUUAAUUUUCACAUAUGAUGGUAAAGCCUUUAUGUGUGUGUUAUUAAUAAUGAAUUGUACAACUACCAUGUUUGAAUUCUGUAGUUAUUCACUGUAAUGUUGUUGAAAUAUCUGAAUUAUUCUGUGCUGAAAAACGUGGACACGGCGUUGCUUUUAUCUGUAAAUUCUCAAAGUGCAUGUUUAUUAUCUUAAGUCAUUAAAGCCUCAUAGUAAAGGA